AACAUCACUCGCACUUCUCCUCCAGUUCAGCAGCAAUGGCGAUGGCUUUCAAGAUGGCAACAACUGGCAUGUGGGUGACUGAUGAGUGCAAGAAUUCAUUUCAUCAAAUGAAAUGGAAGAGAGUUCAUAGGUACAUAGUGUUCAAGAUUGAUGAGAAGUCAAGGUUGGUCACCGUGGACAAGGUUGGUGGCCCUGGUGAGAGCUAUGCUGAUCUUGCUGCUUCAUUACCGGGUGAUGAUUGCAGAUAUGCUGUGUUUGAUUUCGAUUUUGUCACUGUUGAUAAUUGCCGGAAGAGCAAGAUCUUCUUCAUUGCAUGGGCUCCAACAGCAUCAAGAAUCAGAGCAAAAAUGCUUUAUGCAACUUCCAAGGAUGGAUUAAGGAGAGUGCUUGAAGGCAUCCACUAUGAACUCCAAGCAACCGACCCAACUGAGAUGGGGUUUGAUUUGAUUAGGGACCGAGCCAAAUAACUAUGAUUAGGAUUAGAUAAAUUAUGUACUGCCAUCUUACCUUAUUUAAUAACUCCAGCCCGAUGUGCUUAAUUUCUUGUUGUGACUUCUCUACCUUUAUGUUUCAGAUUUUUGGCACAAAUGUAAGUUGAUGUUCUAAAUUGUAAUAACACUUAUGUGUCAUGUGGGUGCUUAUAAGUUUGACGACAAGAACCUUUGGAUCCAA